CAACUUCGAUAUCCUCGCGCCCGCGACAGAAGGCGGCCCCCGCUUUGCGCCUCUUUUUCAACCUUGCCCCUUGACUCUCCUAAAGCCCGCAUCCACCGGAGCGCCGCCCCAGAGCCCACGGGUGGCCCCGUCAGUCUCUGGGGUGCAUGGGGCAGCACUAAUUGGGCUGGCGGCGCAGGCCCGGGGCCGCUCCAAGAUGAACCUCGUGGGCAGCUACGCACACCACCACCACCAUCACCACCAUCACCACCCGCACCCCGCGCACCCCAUGCUCCAUGAGCCCUUCCUCUUCGGCCCAGCCUCGCGCUGUCACCAGGAGCGGCCCUACUUCCAGAGCUGGCUGCUGAGCCCUGCUGACGCUGCCCGGGACUUCCCCGCCGGCGGGCCACCGCCCACAGCCGCGGCGGCCUCGGCCGCUUACUGUCCGGAUGCCAGGUCCGGCCAGAGCCCGGGGCGCCUGGAGGCCCUCGGAGGGCGCCUGGGCCGGCGGAAAGGCUCAGGACCCAAGAAGGAGCGGAAGCGCACCGAGAGUAUUAACAGCGCGUUUGCGGAGCUGCGUGAGUGCAUUCCCAACGUGCCCGCCGACACCAAGCUCUCCAAGAUCAAGACGCUGCGGCUGGCCACCAGCUACAUCGCCUACCUGAUGGACGUGCUAGCCAAGGACGCACAGGCUGGCGACCCCGAGGCCUUCAAGGCCGAACUCAAGAAGGUGGAUGGCGGCCGCGAGAGUAAGAGGAAAAGGGAGCUGCAGCAACACGAAGGCUUUCCUCCUGCCCUGGGCCCAGGCGAGAAGAGGAUUAAAGGGCGCACAGGCUGGCCGCAGCAAGUCUGGGCGCUGGAGUUAAACCAGUGAGCUGAGGCCCGCGCCGAGGACCCCGCCACCGCGGCCCAACCCCGGAGCCCCGGGAGGAGAGGAAGGCGGCAGCAAG